AUGAUGAACAAUCAAGAUCCAUCAUCAAUGGUGAAUCUAGAGUCCAAUAACAAUGACUCGAAUUCCACCUUCUUAAAUUCUGAUUUUCACAAUUUUAUGAGAUUCAUCUCCCAAUUUUUCGGUAUACAAUUUCACUCAAGUGACAAGUUUGUUCAUGAUUCUUCUAGUCCCUUCUUACACUCAGAUGAAAAUCCUGAAACUUCAAUCGUAACGAUUACUCUUACACCUCACAAUUAUCAUGCAUGGUCACGAGUGAUGUCUCUGGCUUUCAAAGGGAAGAACAAAUUGGACUUCGUUGAUGGCAGCUUCCCCAAACCCCCAUUCUCUGAUAGCGUGAUAUGGAAUGACAAUGUGGCUGAUAUAUGGAAAGAUUUGCGACAUCACUACUACCAAGGUGAUGUGUUCAAAGUGGCCGAACUAGAAGAAGAAUUGUACUCCCUCAAACGAGAUGAACUUAGUAUCACAUUCUAUUUUACUAAAUUGAAGGCUAUAUGA